AUGAGGAAUUUAGCAAAAGUUCUAACCAUUCUCCUACUCUUUUUCGUUUUUGCUACACCAUCGAUCGCUGAGAUCAAAUCCGUGAAGAUCCGAUCCAAUGACCGAGGUCAGAUCUUCUUUGAUUACUUCAAAUUCACAAAUACGGGUCACCUCUCCAUUGCGGUGUCGUCCCUGUCUGUCACCUCGCUGCCGGUCACCUCCAACAUAUCAAGACCUGAUCUUUCACGUUUUGGUUUUUUCCUUCUCUCGGAACAACUGGAAUAUCGAUUCUUCCGAGAGCAAAGAUGGUCGAAUAUAUCAUGCGCCCUCGAUUCCCAGUUUACCUCGCUCCUCUUUACUUUCCAAGAUCUCUCCUAUCCUCAUCAGUCUUCCUUCAACAAAUCCUACACCAUGACGUAUCCAAAUGCGUACUCACUCUAUUUCGCCAACUGCAACCCCUUAUCCCAUGUGACAAUGGACAUCCUUACAAAGUUUUACAACAUGCAUAAUGACACUACCAAAGAUUAUUUAUCAGCCGGGAUAACAAAGCUCCCCGGUCUUUACUACACUUUCUCAAUCAUUUAUGGGUGUUUUCUAUGGUUUUGGAUCAUUGUAUGCUGUUUGAACCAUAAAUCUUUCCACAUGGUUCAUUUUUUAAUGGUUGUAUUGCUUGAUUUGAAGGAGAUGAGCUUGAUCUGUGCGGGGGAGGUCCAAGAAUCUGUGAAGGUUACACGUACUCGUUCAUAUGAAUGGGAUAUCUUAUUUUACAUAUGUCAGUUUCUCACCUCUGCUUUUUUGUACACUGUGAUCCUUGUGAUCUUGGAUGGAUUGUCUUUCUUGAAGCCGAAGUCGUCAAAGAUAGUUUUAAUGAUUGUGAUCCCACUUCAGGGUUUGGCUACUCUACUUUCUAAAGUGACAGGGGUAACCCGCUGCAAAAGUGACCCUCCGUUUUCAGAAUUUGGGUUACUGGUGGUAGAGGCUGUGUUAUACGUUGUUGUAAUCAUCUCCAUAUGUUCAUCUCUUUGCCUGACUGAAAAGGCUAAUAGGAAUCAUUUGGAGAAGUUUGCUCUAUGUUCGUGUUUUUCUGUUGUGGUUGGUGUAUGCUUGUUCAUUAAUCUUAUAUUGGGAGUGGUGAACAAUACAUGUUACAGUUACCAAUGGGAGUCUAAUGCGGUGCAGGAAAUAAUCACUCUUGUGUUCUAUAUUGUGAUGUUCUUCAUGUUCAGACCAACAGAUAAUCUUGAAUACUUUGUUCAACUUGAUAAGGCGUGCGCUGUGAAGGAAGUUGAUAAGACGUGCGAUGCGAAGGAACUGGGCGUUUGA